CAAAACACAAACAAAGAGACUCAAAUUAAUAUUCGAUAAUAAUCUUAUAUCAAUCCUGGUAGUAUAUAUACCAGUAUAACACAUAUCUUUUUGCAAGUUGAUGACCAGAAAUAAAAAUUUACGAGACAAACAGACGAUAUACCUGAAAAAAGGCCCUGAAUGACCGUUUUUCUGGAUUUAAUGCCCUGUUUAACAAAAUUUGAAAAAAUGGCCCCAAUUAACAAGUUAAGACGUUUAGCAAUUAGCGUUUUGGAUAGGGUGUAAACGCUACACGAAGUAGCGUUUACAAGUUUAUUACUUUUUUAGUUUUAAUACGCAGCAAACAAAUAAAACAAUAUAAACAGGGAAAACGCUACACGAUUAAGCGUCUUAUCCCUACCUCAAGACGCCUCACGAAGUAGCGUCUUUAAGUUUUAUAUAUAUAUGUAUCGGCUUUUCAAACUUACCGGUCACAGAAGUGAAUUAAGUGAAGUGAAGUGAACUGCUGUGAAGUGAACUGCUGUGAAGUGAAGUACUGAUACUGAUAUAAAUACAAUUCAAGCUGAUAUAAUGGAUGUUAAUGCUAUUAUUAGAGACCAGGGGCCUCGUGAUCCUACCCUUCUACACUUACAGGAGACUCAUAGGUCUCGAGCUGUUUGGAGAGCUGGUGGUGCGCCUUUGCAGACGUUCAGGCGUCGUGACGCCAACCAGUCUGAUAUGAACAUGGAUGUUCGACUGAUCCCCAUUAUACAGGCAGCUGGUGUUUAUGGGUUGGCUCGGGUAUCCAGUCUGCAGCUUGAUUGGAGUUUGAUUCGUGCUCUGGUAGAGAGAUGGCGACCAGAGACACAUUCAUUCCACUUGCCUAUUGGAGAGUGUACUAUCACAUUGCAGGAUGUAGGUGUUUUGAUCGGGUUACCUAUUGAUGGACAUCCCGUGAUGUGUCCUUCCUCCCCUCCACCUGGACAGACUUGGGCGUCCACCAUUGGUCAGAUUUUUGGACGGGUUCCUCCACAUAACGUUUUCAACAACGCGAGGAUACGGCUGACAUGGUUUGAGGGUCUCACUCCACCAGUAUUACGGGAUGAUGCAGGGGUUGAGGAGGUUAGGCUUCUUGCUAGGUGCUACUUGAUCCAGUUGUUUGGGGGGUCCAUGUUCACCGAUAAUUCAGGUGGAGCUAUACACUCGAUGUGGGUUCAUUUCCUUCGUGACUUGGAUGCCUUUGGAGGUUAUGCAUGGGGUCCAGCUGUUCUGGCCCGUCUUUAUAGGGAGUUGGACAAAGGUUGCACAGCAGGUACUACGGGGGUAGCUGGAUGCCUUACCUUACUCCAGCUGUGGGCAUGGGAGAGGUUGCCCACUCUUGCCCCCGUUCGGACCACAGUUCCCUUAGUGGAUGUUGCUUUCUGGCAGGAUCAGCUCCAGGGACCACAUGGAGUCAGGUGGCUUGUUGGACAUUCCUACCUGGAGUGUGAUGGACGCACCGUGGGUACGGCUCGGAUGGCAUUGGAUGGGCUUGCUCCAGGUCAGUUCAUUUGGGAGCCUUAUGUUGGCUUUAUUGACACACUCCCAGACUACUGUUUAGCCGGCCGUCCACUCUGGCGCUAUCGCGGCCCCAUGGUAUGUGUUUACAUAGUCGAGCCGCAUCAGCCGGACAGAGUCGCUAGACAGUUUGGCAUGAUCCAGCAUAUUCCGGAUCAGCCGCACUACUCCGCGGAGCAUCAUGCUAUGACGCUGAAGGGCCAGAAGGUAUUGGAUUAUGCAGUGACACAUCAGCCGAGUAUGGCACUCUGGCAUCAUCGUCUGGAGCAUAUAUUUACUGAUGACUUGAUCGAUGGUCAUGAUACAGUCCCGGAGUAUAUGGAUUGGUACCUUCCUAGGACCGUGAGGUUCGUUAGUCACUUGGGUGCAUUGCUCAUCGGCCUGGGAGUCUCGCUGCAGGCUCUAGCAGAUGGUACUCGACAUCUCCCAGAUAUGCACCAGAUAGCCACUCAGAGUCUACAGGCUAUCCGAGAUCGGCAUGCAUACGUGUUUCAUCAACUUCUAGUUGAGGAGCAUGAGGCUGUACAUGACGAGGACGAGGAGGAUGCUAGAGAUAGAGGAGGCCGAGCUGGUGGUGAGAGAGGCCGUGGUGGUGGGAGGAGAGGCCGUGGUGCUGGCAGGGGAGCCCGUGGUGCUGGCAGGGGAGGACGUGCUAGUGGCAGAGGUGGUCGUGCUCAUGGCAGAGGAGGCCGAGGCGGUGGACGACUAGUUGAUGAGCCGAUUGAUGAUGCUGAUCAUGCUGAUGAGCAGGAUCAUGUAGAUACAGGCGAGGAUGGUGGACCUGAGUCUUCGACUGCUGCUGCUGCCACAGCUGGCGAGUCUUCUGCUGCUGCUGCUGCCACAGCUACUGCUACUCCCCCUGUUGAUGCUGCUGCUGCCACAGCUACUACUACUGGUGCCGGUGACUGGUGGCCUAGUUUUUCUCUAGGCCUAAGUUUGCCUUCACAGCCAAUACCUGAGCAGCAGACUUCUCAGAUGCCAGAUACCAGUACAGAGCAUCCUCCUCCUGUUGUGCAGCGUCAGCACAGGAUUCGGCCUUGGCAUGGUACACCAGAGGUACCCCCUUUUGACUUGGGCAGCUCUUCACAGUCUACACAGUCUACACAGCCUAGUCAGCCUGGUACGCAGCCUAGUGUACCCCCUUUUGACUUCUUUUAUGUUCGUCGGUCAAAGAAGGAGAGGAAGGCUCCUGAUUGUGGUACUGGUUCACAUAGGGGAUGAUGAUAUUUGUAGGUUUUUGAUGACAUUUCUAGUGAUAGGAUGCUGAACUUGUGAUUUAUGAUAGCACGGAUCUUGUAAAUAUUUUAAUUUA